ACACAGACACCACGCCACUACUAGAGAGGUUGCCAGCCAUGUCGUCUGCAUCUUUUCGUUAUGACCGAGAUUCAGACAAGUUCUCGGAGGAAUCCCAAAGUCGCAAGGGUUCUGUGGCUGCAUCCGAUCUGAGAUCUGAUCGAUGGAGCGUGACUGAUCGCUCUUCCAGACUUGCCAAGUUGAAGGAGAAGCAGCGGGAGAUCCAAAAACAAGUGGAUCAAAGGAAGGGACGACCAGAGAAAGAAAGUGAAGGUCAAGGUGGUCCCUUCCUUGGUCAAGGUGGUCAAGGUGAUGAUAUGACACACAUAGCGUCCUUGGAGCUCAGUCGGCAGAGCUCACCUCCAUUGGGGUCAGCCUCCAAGUUGCAGAGUCCUUCCGGUGGAGAUCUCUCCAUCAGGUCGGAUGACCAGUUAGAUCAGUUAGUCGACCUCUCGAUGAAGAUUGAGAAAAUGGGAUCUGAGAUCAGUGCCCAACAGAAGCAGCUUCAAGACUUGAUGAUGACAGCAGCUGCGGCUGCAUCUCAGAAAGGCCUAGAAGAAUGCAUGAUGCGCAUGGAAGAUCAGCACAAGAUCCAUUUGGACGAGAUGCAUCGUCUCCAGCAGUCCUUUGCAAAUGAUAGUGAAUGUCAAGGUCUGCGUGUACAACUAGAUGCUUCCAAGCAACGUGAGCAAUCCUUGGAGACACAGCAGAUCCUUCUGGAAAGAGCUUGGAAUGAUGAGAAGGAAAGCUUGGAGAAGCAACUUUCCCAGCUGCGCAGCCGUGAAACGACUUUGUUGCAGCAGUUGCAGAAAGCCAUCGUGGAGGUUCCUGCUACGCCCGCUUCGGAGGAAAAAUCUGAGCCGAAAUCGUUGAAGUAUCUGAAGUGGAAGCGAGUCCAGUUCCGGCCACGGAUCUUUUUAGGUAUUGCGGGCUUUGUUGGUCUAGUGGCAGCUAUGACAGCUCACUUCAAAUGGCGCCACCAUGCUGCGCCGCACAAACCACCCAGGGGAUUAAGAGGUCCUUUGGGACGGGUGAGACUGGCAGCACACUUGCGCGGUUGAAGGAAAA